AUGUCAACUUUCAGACGUCUCCGAGAGAGCCUUAGGCUUGAGGAGGUAGAAGGCCAUACUGAGCACUCGCAAUGGAUCUUCUUCCAACUCCACCAGACAAACAAAACCAUGCUUGGAGUCGGCCUCAACUGGUGGCAGUCUAUCUUGGUCAUCUUCGUCUCCCAGCUCAUCUCUUCCAUUGCAAUGGCUUUCAACUCCCGCCCAGGAAGCGUCUACCAUAUCGGAUAUCCGUGUGUUGCUCGUAGUGUCUUCGGCAUGUGGGGGAGCUACUACUUCGUCGGUGCCAGGGCACUUAUGGCCAUCAUUUGGUACGCUGUGCAAGUUUACUACGGCGCGAACUAUAUGUAUAACAUGCUACGAGCCAUUUUCGGGCAUAACUUUACAAAUAUCCCAAAUCAUCUCCCGGAAAGCGCCGGAAUCACCACGUCUCUUAUGCUGGCCUUCUUUCUUUGCUGGUUGAUUCACCUACCCUUCUGCCACUUCCGACCAUACCAAUUGCGAAAAUUCUUUUGGUUCAAGACAAUUGUCUCUGUUCCUUCGAUGUUUGGCUUGUUCAUUUGGGCAAUGGUGGAUACCAAAGGCCAAAUUGGCACGCUGUAUUCCUCGACUUCAAGAUCCUCCAGCACAAUGGCGUGGCUGAUCUUGGCUGGUAUCAACAGCGGAUUGGGAAACACCGCAAAUUUGAUCACAAACCAACCUGACUUUGCCCGUUGGACAAGUAAACGCGGCGCACCUGUCUGGACACAACUUCUUGUCAACCCUCUCGCUGUGACACUGUCUGCGAGUCUGGGCAUUCUCUCCACUAAUGCCGUCAACAACAAAUACGGCACAGAUAUCUGGAACCAAUGGGAUAUGAUGAACCUGAUUAUGGAUGAAUACUGGUCUGCAAAAACACGAUUUGCCGUCUUUCUCUGCGCCUUUGCAUGGUUAGUGCAGAUCUUGGGAACCAAUCUCGCUGCCAACAUGAUUUCCUUUGGCGCUGAUGCAUCGAUGCUCUUCCCUGGAUAUGUAAAUAUGCGACGUGGCCAGUACAUGGCCGAGUUCCUGGCUUGGGCGGCGGUUCCUUGGAAGAUUGUGGCGUCAGCAGCAAAAUUCCAGACUUUCCUUAGCGGAUAUGGACUCUUCAUGGCAAGCGUCGUUGCAAUCAUGCUUUGCGACUACUUCUGCCUUUCAAACGGGAAUGUGGUAAUUUCGUCCUUAUACAACCCCACAAAGGCAAACAAGAACUACUAUUACCACAAAGGCUGGAAUGUACAGGCAGUGAUAGCGUACAUCAUUGGCAUCGCCCUUCCAUUUCCAGGCUUCUGCGGCGAGCUUGGCGCGAAUGUGUCUGCGGCCGCGUCCAACAUUAUGGAUAUAGCCUGGAUCACGGCAUUCGUGGCUUCUUUUGUGUCUUAUUAUGUUAUUUGUUUGAUUUGGCCCACUGAAAAUAUUCGCUUCAUGAGAGAAAAGGGGUAUGCGUUUGAGCAGAUAGCGGAAGUGGAUUAUAUUGAUGCGGCUGCUACAAAGGAUGCAGAGUCGAUCAUUGAGGAGAUUGGAGACCGGAAAAAUCCGGAAAUGAAGGUUCCAGCUGAGCUUUAA